AUGACUUCAGAGGAAGCAGACCAGAGACACAGCACCAUGACUUCUGAGAAAGGUCCUUCAACUGGAGAUGGCACUUUGAGGAGAAGAAUCACGCCCUGGGAAUUUGAAAUCUUCUUCGACCCCAGGGAGCUCCGUAAAGAGACCUGUCUGCUCUACGAAAUCAAGUGGGGCACGAGCCACAGAAUCUGGCGAAACUCAGGCCAAAACACAACCAAGCACGCUGAAGUCAAUUUUAUAGAAAAAUUCACCUCAGAAAGAAAUUUUUGCCCAUCAGUCAGCUGCUCCAUCACCUGGUUCUUGUCUUGGAGUCCCUGCUGGGAAUGCUCCAAAGCUAUUAGAGAAUUUUUGAGCCAACACCCCAAUGUGAUUCUGGUUAUUUAUGUAGCACGGCUUUUUCAUCACAUGGAUCAACAAAACCGGGAAGGACUCAGGGACCUUGUUCUCAGUGGUGUAACUGUCCAGAUUAUGAGCGUUUCAGAGUAUGGUCACUGCUGGAGGAAUUUUGUCAACUACCCCCCUGGGGAAGAAGCUCGCUGGCCAAGAUACCCGCCUCUGUGGAUGAUGCUGUAUGCACUGGAACUCCACUGCAUAAUUCUAGGUCUUCCACCCUGUUUAAAGAUUUCAAGAAGACGUCAGAGUCAGCUGACACUUUUCAGCCUUACUCCUCAAAAUUGCCAUUACCAAAUGAUUCCACCCCAUAUCCUUUUAGCUACAGGCUUGAUACAACCUUAUGUGACCUGGAGAUGAACAGAAUGAUUCCUUGUGUGUACUGUUUCAAGAACAGGCAGUGGUAAAACACUAAAGAGGGAGUGCCAUUAAGAAUCUAGAAAUUUU